AAACCCAAAACCGAGAGUCCAGCCAUCAACAAUGACGGACGGUGCAAGACAACGGAGCAGCACGUCGGGCUCUGCCAAGGAUGCUGCCGGGGAGAAGGAGUCAGGAGGUGGAGUGGCGCUCAAGAAGGAGAUCGGGCUUGUGAGCGCCUGUGGCAUCAUUGUUGGUAACAUUAUCGGCUCAGGUAUCUUCGUCAGUCCCAAGGGGGUGAUGGAGAACGCCAGCUCAGUGGGUGUGGCCCUGAUCGUCUGGAUCAUCACGGGUGUCAUCACAGCCAUCGGGGCGUUGUGCUACGCUGAGCUGGGUGUCACCAUCCCCAAGUCGGGUGGGGACUACUCCUACGUCAAGGACAUCUUCGGAGGACUGGCUGGGUUCCUGCGCCUGUGGAUCGCCGUGUUGGUCAUCUACCCGACCAACCAGGCCGUGAUCGCGCUGACGUUUUCCAACUACGUCCUGCAGCCUCUUUUCCCCACCUGCUUCCCGCCAGAGAACGGCCUUCGUCUGCUGGCCGCUGUCUGCCUCUUGCUGCUGACAUGGGUAAACUGCUCCAGUGUAAGAUGGGCCACCAGAGUGCAGGACAUGUUCACCGCAGGCAAGCUGCUGGCCCUCGCCCUCAUCAUCAUCAUGGGCAUCGUGCAGAUCUGCAAAGGAGAGUACUACUGGUUGGAGCCAGCCAAUGCCUUCGAGCCUUUCCAGGACUACGAUGUGGGUUUGAUAGCCUUAGCCUUCCUACAAGGCUCCUUCGCCUACGGAGGGUGGAACUUCCUCAACUACGUCACAGAGGAGCUGGUAGACCCCUAUGUGAACCUUCCCCGCGCCAUCUUCAUCUCCAUCCCCCUCGUGACCUUCGUCUACGUCUUUGCCAACAUCGCCUACGUCACAGCCAUGAGUCCCCAGGAGCUGCUCGCCUCAAACGCUGUUGCCGUGACGUUUGGUGAGAAGCUGCUGGGAGUCAUGUCGUGGAUCAUGCCCAUCUCUGUGGCUCUCUCCACCUUCGGAGGAGUCAACGGUUCCCUCUUCACCUCCUCACGAUUGUUCUUCGCUGGAGCCAGAGAGGGCCACCUCCCCAGUCUGCUGGCUAUGAUUCAUGUGAAACGCUGCACUCCCAUCCCUGCUCUGCUCUUCACAUGCCUGUCCACUCUGCUCAUGCUGUGCACCAGUGACAUGUACACCCUCAUCAACUAUGUGGGCUUCAUCAACUACCUCUUCUAUGGCGUCACUGUCGCCGGGCAGAUUGUGCUGCGUAUCAAACAGCCCAACAUGCACCGACCAAUCAAGAUCAGCCUAAUCUGGCCGGUCAUUUACCUCAUCUUCUGGGCCUUCUUGCUCAUCUUCUCCCUUUACUCCGAGCCCGUGGUGUGUGGCAUCGGCCUCGCCAUCAUGUUGACUGGCGUCCCCGUCUAUUUCCUGGGAGUCUACUGGGACAACAAGCCACAGUGUUUCGACGCCUUUGUUGAUAAAAUGACAUACCUGGGCCAGAAGUUCUGCGUGGUGGUUUAUCCGGCCGUGACUAGUGGCGAUGGGAACGGAGAGGAAGGCGAGGAAAUGAAGGAGGCCAGGUCUCCUCUGUCCAAGGAGGACGGAGACAACCACAAGUCAGCGGACUGCUAAAGUCCCUAUCUCCCAUUUAUAAACAGACAUGCAGACGCACACGUGGGUGCACACAAACACACGUGCAAACCACAGUUUGUAGUGGAUUUACUGAUCAACACUUGUGCCCCCACAUUUUGUCUUUUGAUAUUUUUUAUUUGGUUUUGUAUCAAUCAGUAAUUUAAGUGCCAAAUAUAGCAUGAGGUAUGUAGAGUAAUAUGACCUCAAACUUUUCAGUCUGGGGUCCUUCAAAAGUGCAAUAACAAAGGGUUAGCACCUUCUGACUCCUCAGUGAAUGCUUAAAAAGAACCAUUUACCACUCCUCAUCCUGCUUCUCUUCCUACACACUCCUACUGCAAGAGCAUCAUUUUUUUUAUUUUUGACAAGAGACUCUUACUCUGCUGUGAUGGCUAAGCAAACUUUUUCUUUGUUUUGUUUUUCUCGACAUUGUAAACGUUGCUGUCAACACACCAAAGCUGUAUUUUGAUUGCAGAAAAUCAGAUUCAGAUCAAGUCAUUUCAUGUUGUGAAGUACACUAAGUACUGUUUUGUUUUUAAAGGUGACUGUGAUUCCGAAAUAUUUUAUCUUUUUGUAAUUUGUAAUUGUUUAUAUCAUU